AUAGUAAAAUAUAACUAGUUAAAUUGAAGAAUAUGCAAUGCUUUAAUAUGAGAAGUUGUUCUUUUUUCUCGAUUUUCUCUAAAUUCUAAUUAGUUAUAAACAAUUUAUCACUAUGGCUUUCUUCAUGGUGCUGUGAAUAAUGUAUAUGUAUGUAAGGCAUUUUAUUUAUGAUUUAGUUAUUUCCCUUCUUUGUUUUUUUUCCUUUAGAGUUAAAAAUUCUCUAUCUUUCAUUAUCUUGUUCUAAUUGAUACUAUUUUUAUUACUUUUUAAAUAAGAAAGAUAUAUUUGUACUUUUCAUAAAUAUUCACGAGUGUUUUAUCAUUCAAAUGUUUAUUUUUAUAAAAAGAUCCAGAAGAGAAAGAAAAAAAAACAACAAAUUGCCAUCAUAUUGUUUCAGUGUCAGAUAUCGAAACACAUAAUAUAUAUACAAUGUGCAUAUUUGUAUCUUGAAGUGUGUUUGUUUAGAAAAAAUAAUGUGUUUACUUUGUCACCUCAUUAGUUUCCAGUUUUAACACAAGUAUAAAAGGUCUGACAUAUAUUUGUAUGACUUCCAUGCCUUUUGUUUUGUGAAAAGCACUAGUUGGUUAAGAUGAAGAAAUUUGAUCUAUCUAGUACUCAAAGCCUAAUCAAAAUGGAACGUAGAAGCACUGUGUUAUUGUUUAGAUGGGUGAAACCUCAUCAUCAUAUUAUGUUAUUGAUAUUGUUUACAAGUCUGGCCAUGAUACUUGGUUAUACAAUCUCUGUUAGUUCCAAUUAUGUGAAUGCUUUGUUUCCGUAUAUCAGUGACACUGGAACAAAACCACCUGCAAGUUGUGUUUUUGGACUGAUGUUAAACCUAGCUGGAACAUUUGCGUUUGUCACAAUGUUUAUACGACACCGUUAUUUUGAAAAAUACUGCGCUUUGGAACGACAACUUGUGCAUGUUUUAAAUGACAUUGCUUUAUUUCUUGGUUUCAUGUCAGCCUUCGGGAUUUUUCUUGUUGCAAACUUUCAAGAGUCAAACUUAAUUGUCGUUCAUUUGAUUGGUGCAGUCCUAACUUUUGCACUUGGUAUCGUGUACUGUUGGAUGCAUAGUUACUUAUCCUAUGUCACCAUGCCUGCUGGAUUUACCACCAAGUUGCAGUUUUUGAUUAGGUGUAUACUAACAGGUACAUCCACCCUAGCUCUUGUAGCUGUAUUUUCGGGUGCAUCCGUAGCAAAGGUGAAAUAUGAGGAUGCAAACAAUGGAACGAGUACUGCUUACAACUUACAUUGGGAUUCAGAUGAUCCAGGUUAUGAUGCACAUUUAGUGAGCACCUUCUCAGAGUGGAUCAUGGUGUUUAGUUUUAUUUUUUACUUUUUAACCUUCUAUAACGAUUUUAAAUAUCUUGGAAACUACGUGAAUAUUGAGUGUCAUAUGGGUCUUAGAGGUGAAAGUCCGAUACGCAAUAUGUUGGAUGAUUCACGUUCAUCAACCCACGCAGUAGAUUGCUGAUAUGUUUUAUAUUUUUGUCUCUAUAUUUCGUUUUUGUUUUAAUUGUAUUUAUUUUUCUUAUGCUUAAUGUUAUUGGUAUAUAAUAAACAGGACUUUGUGUGA